UAUUAUUAUUGUUUCUGUUCUAAGUUUUAUUUGGUAAUACGAUCAGAGAUGCUGUGAACCUUCUGUUUUAUUGCCUCCAGUGAAGGAAUGCUUGUCACAUACUCCUUUUAAGUUCCUAUUCUACACUUGGUCUCUUCAUUUAUAUGUUACCCAAAGAAACACAAUUUUGUUUGGUUACGUACUUUUGAUCUCAAUCCAUGGAGAAACAUCGAAUCUGCAAGAUCUGUAACAAGCGUUUUGCUAAUGGCAAAGCCAUGGGAGGUCACAUGAGAUCUCAUUUAGCCAAACUUCCUAUUCCUCCAAACCCUCAUAAGUCUCAGUCUUCGUCUUCUUCCUUGAGUAUUCACUCUUUCAAAGAUCGCAUGCAAAUCUAUCGAUCUGUCAACCGUGAGGCUGAGUCAUCGAGAAACCCCACAAAGAGAACAUCUAAAAGGCGACGAAAAGCGACGGUGGAAGUGGGUUCGCGAUACCCAUGUGAGGACGAGCCAGAAUCGGUAAGUUCAGUUACUGAAAAUUUUCCUGUUCAAGAAAUUGCAAUGUGUCUUUUGAUGCUUUCAAGAGAUAAAUGGCCACACCCAGAAGAAGAAAAAUUAAAAGUGAAUAAUCAGAAAUACAAAUAUGGUGAUGAAAGUCAUACUAGAAAUAAGUAUAAGUGUAAAACAUGCAAGAAAGAGUUUCAAUCUUAUCAAGCACUAGGAGGACAUAAAGCAAGUCACAAGAAGAUCAAAAUUCAUCUAAAGGGAUCCCUUGAAGAAGGCAAUGAUGUUACUCUUUUAGAUGCAAGAGUUUUUAAGUGCCCAAUUUGUAAUAAAGUAUUUGAGUCUGGCCAAGCCCUCGGUGGACACAAGAAAGUUCACUUCACCUACUUAAGUGUUUCUCCUAAGGAUUCUUCUUCUAAAUCUGGUGAAAAAAUUCUAGAUCUUAAUUUACCAGCACCAGAAGGUGACAGUGAAGUUUGUCAAGUUUAGCAAAUGAAGAAUUAAGAACU